CUCCUCCCUCUCUAUCUCCCUCGUGCCGGAAGGAGUGCGAGCGGGGACGUAAGGCCGGAAAAUGUUUACGGGCGGACGGUGCGCUGGACCGUGACGUCGUGGCAAACACUCUGACUUGACUGUCUCACACGGGGAAGUGUUCUGCUUUUCGUGGAGCGCUAACUGUUUCGAGCUAUCGUUUUUCUCUUUCGUUCGUCCGCCAUAAUCAAUCGUUCGGCGGUUCGGUGGUGGAGAUGGAAGGCUCCAGUAGAAGUGGAGGUCGAACGAUUAGGUACGAUUUCAGUAGGGAAGGGGAGGGCCGGCUGAAGGACGAGGUGGAGGCCAAACUUUUGGAGUUCACGGGCUACACGGACGACGUUCUCGCGGACUAUGUCAUUGUGCUAGUUAAGAAUGGCAAGCGUAAAGAAGUUGCUGAGCAAGACCUUAAUGUUUUUCUUGGGGACAAUUGUAGUUCUUUUGUUUCUUGGUUGUGGGAUCAUCUUUCUUCGAAUUGGCAUCUUUAUGUGAAACCUCAAGAAUCAUCUCUCCCUGCUGAAGCAGUUCCAACUAAACCCCUGUUAGUUGAGUCUGCCAAAGGAAAAAAUGUGAAGCUGGAGGAUCAGAAUGUCAGCUUGCUUGUGGAUGCUGAAACUAUGCAAGAAAGGUCAAUGAAAGAGGCUGGUAGUCGUCGCAAAAGGCAAUGGAAGGGGUUAACAAGGGAAGAAUUAGAGUCCCCUCCUCUUCGAGUAUCUGAAUUUGACAACAGUCAUCCUGAGGACCAUAGUGCCCAUUCUUCCAUUUCCAACGUUGAAAAGGGACAUAGUCACUACAAAGAACACUCUGAGAAAGUGCGGAAAAAAAAUCCCCCUGACAAUAGAAAGAGGGUUACUCCCAAUAUGAAGAUUGACGCCCCUCGUCGUCUGCUUCAGUCUGCUUUUCGUGAAGCUUUGGGUCCAUUGAGGUCCUCAGAUUCUUUGAGAUCUGAGCCAGCAUUCAAGCGCCUGCGUUCAGUGGUUUCAUCAGAUUCUUCCACGGAUAAAUUUUCACAGGCUAAACUGAACAGAUCUGCUUCAAAGGUGGCAGCUUCGAUGGCUACUGCUAUGAAAGCUGCAGCUGAAGCUGCCUAUGACACAUCAAAAGCUAGGCCAGUAAGAAAUGUUCUUAAUGGAUUGGGCGAUGGUACACAUACUGAAGGUCCUGGCCGUGCAAUGGGGAUUGGAAGUCCUCAUUCGAAGGAACCAUAUAGUGAUUACGAUGGGGAUUCUGAUGGGGGCUUGGGUCCAGUUCAUGAGACUGGCCAGCCUGAUACAUUUCAAUUCAAUGCAUAUCAUAAUGAAGCUGUAAUGAAUCUAGACAGAGAUGAAGCUGUGUCUGGUUGUGCAUCUGAUCAUGAUGCAUUCCAUGAUGCGGAUCAUGACAGACAAAGGUUUAUGGGCAUUAAUGAGACCUCUUAUUCUGAAAACAAGGAAGACAAUUCACUGAUGGUACAGUACACUGUGGCUCCUAAACCAGAUGAAGUCCCAAGGAGAACAAGGCUGAAAGACAAGUCUGAUGUUGUGAUGCCUAAACCGGCCCACAAGAUUGUAAAUAUUUCUGUUAAUGUGAAUACAUGGAAACCACCUCACUUUGAGUCAGCAAGUGAAGUCUCAAAAAUGGAGAACACUAGUUUGCAGGACAGGGGAGCUUUUGCUUUCAAGUCUGGCGUAAGGCUGGUUCAAGAGAAUAACACUGUCACAGGCGAUAGGAGUGAAAGACCUCGUGUGGAUGUUCAUGAGGACCAGACGGCCGUGACAUCCAUUCCUGGGUCUUAUUCUGCUGUCCGUCCUUUUGAUGAUGUCGAAUCUCGGAGCAUCUUUGUCAGCAAUGUUCACUUUGGAGCAACAAAAGAUUUGCUUUCUACACAUUUCAACAAAUUUGGUGAAGUACAGAAGGUCGUAAUUGUGAUGGAUGCCGCAACAGGUCAACCCACAGGAUCUGCCUGUGUGGAAUUUGUGCGCAAGGAAUCUGCUGAGCUUGCAUUGGCCUUGAAUGGCACUUCUUUUAUGUCUCGCAUUCUCAAAGUUGUUCCAAGAAGUUCUGUAACCCAACGGGAUGCUCCUGUAAUGUCAUGGUCUCGGCUCCCUCGCCCCUCCCCAUACUCUUCUAGGUUGCUUCUGUGUGGCCCGUAUGCAAGAGGUGCGCCAGGCAUGUAUGGAAGACCUACUCUGAAGGUUGGUCCUCGCAGUCUACAGUGGAAGCGUGAAUCUCCAUCAACACCAGUUGGAUCUGCUAUUGGAACGCCAACUGUUGGUACGCCUUUGUCCACUACACCAAGGAGAGCACUAACGUAUGUUCGGAGCGAAUCGAAGCCAGCGAAUGGGAAUUCUUGUCCAGCUUGAGAUUGUGUAGAAUCUCAUUUUUCAUCUGUUUUAGACCAAGAUCUGUUGGUUUUGAUCAUGAACUUCCGUGAUUCUUGGGUCAACAUGCUUGCAAAUGGUUGACGCACCAAGAAAUGAUCGAGCUGCAAAAGAGGUGUUCUUGGAGUAUGCUGUUAGGGUUUAGCAACCUUACGGAAUUUCCACCAAGGCAAUGGCAAAAGCAAUGUGUAUAUGCGUCCUAUUCUAUUGGAUUACUGGUUCCAAAGUUUCAUGUCUCAUAUUACUUACAUCGCCUAGUAAAUAAGGGAAAAUUAUUCGUGUUUCUUUGGCUGGCUUUUCGUUUCUUGUUAGGUUAAAGCAUUAGUGUGAAUGUGAUCCUAUCGCUGUGUAUGAAAGGGAUGAAGAUGGCAUCGAUGGACCUGACCAA